AUGACAAGCCAAGACAUCUAUCCUGCCUAUACCUUGGCUAAGAUCCGGAAGGAGCCGGCGCUUUUGCUGGACUAUAUUCAUCCACCUUCCUCCCAUCACGAUCACCAAAUAGCGACCACGGAUGCUGAUGUCCGUCUUGUCUCCUUGCUUCAUCAUGCUACGCCAGAGACCACAGAGGUGCUUGAUGCCGCUGUCAGAGCCGAGCAUGAAGAUACCAUGACACAACUACAGGAGGCAGAGUCAUUGCUCCGUGAGCAUGUCGCAACUAUGUUUCAGGCUAGGGGGCAGACAUGGGACGAUGACGAGGAUCUCAGCACGGCUCUGGAACAAAUCUGUGCUUGGGCUUCACUUCCCUCCGUGUCAUCUGUCGACAAACAUCCUUCAACCGCGCACACCCAGCAUACAGAGGAGCUGGCAGAGUUGUACAUGGCUCGGGCUUGUACCCAACUCCUCUCGGAAAUGGAAGAAGCACAACAUAUGGCUACACAGGCCCCCGAUGACCCACAAAAGCAACUCACAGCAUUACGUCGUCUUGCCAGACUUGCUGAUGAAGCCCCCCAACGUGGUCCUGAUGGAAGUCCCUUUCUCGCGCGUGCGUUGGCGUCUAUUGUACAGGCGCGUGAUGAUCUGUUUCGCGGUUUAAUAUCGAAGUACAAGCUCGCCCUUCGACAUGCCUUGGGCUCUAUCCACUGGCCACCGCCAGAAUAUGAAAAUCCCAAUCAAGAGCAUCGUGAUCACGCACCAUUUCAUCUGUUUGGUUCCGCUUCGCUUUCUAUGGCCUGGGCUGAUUUGUGUGAAUUGCAGUUUGUUGCAGCUUCUUUGCAACUUUGCUCUCCACCAACCUGUAUCCGGGCUCCUGCAUCCGUGUCAAGCGUGGAAAGUAUUCAGGCUAUACCGGCUAAGCCUGGCACCGAUGAGUAUACGCCUCUCUGGGCUGUAAAUGUUCUUAUGGAACCUCUGCUACUUCGCUUCCGUUACCAUUUUGAUGGUGCACGUCCUACAAAUCGACUAGAUAAACCCGAGUGGUUCUUGUCGCAUAUGAUCUCUUUAUUGAAAGUAAACAGCGUCCUGUUUGAACCGGCUCUCGACCCAUGGUCACAUGGUGGUGAUGUGGCGCAGCUUACUCGAGUUCGCCACGAUGUGUCCAUUGAAUCACCCUUGCGGGAGCGGCAUAUCGCUGUAGAUGCCCCAUCAGAGCUUCUGCAUGCUAUUUUGCACCCUCUUCGCCUCAAGAUUCAAGCAUCCAUGCCUCGUCUUGCUAAUGAUCAUGCCCUUCUGGCACACAAUAUUUCCCAGUUUAUCACCUUUGAUUCUGAACUGAGGGAUACCUAUGCCCCUUCUAUAACAGCGUCGCAAGGACAGGGUGCGGUUUAUCUUGCUGAUGAAGUCCUUGAGAACGAUGCCUGGUUCCAAGCGUGGCUAGAUGGGGAACGUACCUUCACAGAAGAGCGUUUCAACACACUUCUUCAAGCACCAGGCGCUUGGGCUCUCGUUCAAGCUGAUACCCUUGAUACCGAAGAAGAAGCUACGACCGAAGAAUCAGACGUGAAUGCGGUUGUAGACACAGACACAACCACCCGAUGUGCAGCCACUCUCAUGCAUAUGCUGACCAGUAUCACGGAGCGAUACCAGCCACUGCAUUCGCUUAUUCGCCGCUGUGCGUUUAUCAUCCAGGUGCAACGACCCCUGUUGCGUCAAUUUCUCGAUCGCUUAAUUCGUCAUUUGGACGCAUUUGAGACAAUGAGUACUGCUUUCUCGCGGGCUCUUCCUGGUGACAUUGCCUCUUUAUCUUCCAACGCUAACACAGAUGCUGUUCGUGGCGUCAAUGGGGUUACGCGAGUGGCUAAAGCACUUCUCUCGGCUUCUUAUGUAAAGAGGCAGUUAGAAGAAUGGGCUGAAUCAUCUCUUUUCUUGAAUAUGGCACAUGAGGUGGUAUCGUUGGACCAUUCCUCUCCUAUAUAUCGUCUUAUGUUUCCCAAGCACGGAAAAGAGGACAUGGAUUCUGCGAAUCUCAUUUCCUUGCUACAGCGUGGUCUGCAGCGAGGUGCAGAGGCUGCUGCUACUUUCAGACCUUUAUCCAAAUCGUUCAAGGAUGAGACGCAAGAUGGCUACUCUCUUGCAUCAGACGAUGUCUCAGGCAUUUGGGACGAAUACUUGUCCAAGUUUGACUCAGUGGUAACUCGUUCAACCCAUGCAUUGGAGCGCCUCACUGUCUCAGAGGUGCUGGAGCUCCUCAAACCCUAUAUUCUGCGGCGCUGGGAUAAGGAUGAAGACCAAGAAACUUCAGAAAAUGAACCUUUUGAAAAUUCCAUCCCAUCAAAGGAGCUUGUGCCUGCCUUGGCUAAGCUCACAACGCUCUUGCAUCAUAUUGUACAAAUACUUCCUCCUAUGCUUUUGUUGCCUGUUUAUCGGCACAUAGCCACAUCCCUCAGUAACGCUGUUGUUGAACGCAUAUUGAUGCCAAAUGCUCGGAUUUCACAACAGUUCACACCUAUGCAAGCUAAACGGUUCCGUCUGGAUGUAGAGCAAGGGUGGUUGCAUGUCGCCAAAGAAUUGCUUACCCAUCCGAAAGUGGCGGCUCGACUGUCUUCCAAUAUCCCCACGGGUUUGGGACGUAACCCCGAAAAUGCCUGGCGGUUACUGAUAGACGCUGCCCAGCAAUUGUAG